GUUUAUGUUUCGCAUAUAUCCGCUAUAAAUUAAAGAAACUUGGUUCUCUUCAUCAUACACUACACUUUGCACAGAACAAAUAAAUAAAAGAUCUCAGUGAGGAGAGCUUAAUUAUCAAGAGAAACAAAUGGCAGACGAAGUGAUUCUUCUGGAUUACUGGCCGAGUGCGUUCGGGAUGAGGACGAGGAUUGCUCUUGAGGAGAAAAACAUCAAAUUUGAGCACAGAGAACAAGAUCUAUUCAACAAAAGCCAGAUUCUCCUCGAGAUGAACCCGGUUCAUAAGAAAAUCCCGGUUCUCAUCCACAAUGGUAAACCGGUUUGUGAAUCUCUCAUCCAGGUCGAGUACAUCGACGAGACUUGGCCAGGGGGAAACUCACUCCUUCCCUCUGAUCCUUACCAAAGAGCUCAGGCCAAGUUUUGGGGAGACUUCAUUGACAAGAAGGUGUCUGGUCCGACGUGGGUUCUCUGGGGAGGGAAAGGCGAGGAGCAAGAAGCGGGGAAGAAGGAGUUCAUCGAGGUGCUGAAGACGCUAGAGACCGAGCUUGGAGACAAGGCUUACUUUGGAGGCGAAACGUUCGGUUAUGUUGAUAUAGCCUUGAUCGGGUUCUACUGCUGGUUUGACGCAUAUGAGAAAUUUGCGAACUUCAGCAUCGAAGCGGAGUGUCCAAAGGUGAUUGCUUGGGCUAAAAGGUGUCUGAAAAGAGAGAGUGUGGCUAAGUCUCUUCCUGAUCCAGACAAGAUCACUAAGUACGUUCCUGAGCUUAAGAAAAGACUUGGUAUGGAAUAGAUGUGUUCCAUUUUAGUUUCUGUUCUGUCUGUUUUUUUUUUUUUUUACCCUUUUUCAAUUUCUGUCGUGUUUUUGCUCUGUUUUGGAGUCAUCAUAAUAAUGUAAACAUCCACCGAUGGUUUACAAUAAGAUAAAUGCUUCAAUGGUUCAACCCA